AAAUUGUGAAAAAUGGCUCGUACAAAGCAAACUGCUCGUAAAUCGACUGGUGGAAAGGCUCCCAGGAAGCAACUGGCUACUAAAGCAGCUCGUAAAAGUGCUCCAGCCACCGGAGGUGUAAAGAAACCACAUCGUUAUCGUCCCGGAACUGUGGCUCUUCGUGAAAUCCGUCGUUAUCAGAAGAGUACUGAAUUGUUGAUCCGCAAAUUGCCUUUCCAACGUUUAGUUCGUGAAAUCGCACAAGAUUUCAAAACUGAUUUGCGUUUCCAGAGCUCAGCUGUUAUGGCGCUUCAAGAAGCAAGUGAAGCCUACUUAGUUGGUCUUUUUGAAGAUACCAACUUGUGCGCUAUUCAUGCCAAGCGUGUAACCAUUAUGCCAAAGGACAUCCAAUUGGCCAGACGCAUCCGUGGUGAACGUGCUUAAGAUUU